AUGAAUACAGGUGUGUCUGAUGGAGACCAUCUGAAGUCCUCGGCCAUAUCCUAUAAUGCCAGAUUGUCCAACAAUGUGGUCAAUUUCUCGGACUUUGAUGAUUGGGAACGGCAUUUUUUGAACCUCAUGAAAGACAGAAGCACACCCUCACCCCUCGCAAAGUUUCUCGUUGGCUCCAGCUUUUACGAAGAUCAUCAUUCUUCAUUUGUUCAAAAUCUCAUACAACCAACACCCAUUGUCAGGCAUGCGACUGUAGCGUGUGCAGCUGCCCUCCUUGGUGACCAAUUCAACGAGUAUGCUAAAAGAGGAUUGGAAAUUGGACAUCAACGGGCCGCCCUGGCCAUUUCGUCUCUCCGUUCACUCGAAAUCAAUGGCCAAGAUGACCUGGUGACUUCUCUUAUUCUUGGUGUUGCGCUGUUGACUUUUGCGAUGCAUGUGAGGGAUGGCCAGCCCUUCCUGAUCUGCCACUACACCUUAAGUCUUAUUAAAACGCAGUAUCCAGAUUUAUCAGGCUUAGACCCCUCAUUGAUGGACUUUCUAAUGUGUCUGGUUAGCGCAGAGACAUUUGAAUGUCUGUUGCGAUCCCAAGUUCCCACUUUGCGAGUGAACACCCACGGUCGGGGGCGCUUUGUUGACCGUUAUCUCGGCCUCUGCUCACCGAUGCUUUUCUACUUCUAUGAUAUCUGUGAAGUAAGCAGCGCAUUUCGAUAUGUGGCCAAAGACGAUGACUCUGAAUUGCUCAGACGACUGAAUGGAAUAAACCUCGCUGUUGAAAAAUGGCAACCAUUACCUCCACUGGACUUUUCCGAACGAUUUACGCAGAUUGAAGGGGCAACCAUGCUUGCACAAGCUAAAAUUCUUCGACUGGGGGCCCUCCUGGUAAUACACCGUCUGCAUCAUCCAUUUGGUCAGCAGGACAGAGAAGCGCUUCUAUUUUCUCAAGAGAUUAUCGCCGAGUUCGAAAAUAUGCUUCACCUUUCCCAUAACUCGAUUCCAUGCACAUCACUGGCAUACUUAGCUGCUUGUUUUGAAAUCAUGGAUCAAGAAGCUAGAGCAUGGGUAAUGCAGCGCUGCACCCAGAUAGUUACGUUUUCGAAACAGGCGCAAAUCCGUUUCAAAGCUAGACUAAGUAUCGUAUGGAAGGCAAGGGACUCUGGAAAUUCGUUCUACUGGUUUCAACUUUGUGAAUAUCUUCCUGGGCAAGAGAUACAAUGA